GUGAUACAAUGGAUGCAGUUUGGGAGCAAAAGUUUCAUCCGGUGCUACUGCUGCUGCUGCACAAGACAGCGACGAAGACAUGCCAGAGCUCGAAGAACUUUCUGGUAACAAGCCAAAGGUUGAAGUGGAGGAGGAACCCGAGAUCAUCGAGUCGGAGGUUGAGCUCGACGAAGAUGGGAUUGUUCCCGCUGACAACGAUCCUCCUCAGAAGAUGGGUGAUUCUUCUAUCGAGGUGACGGAGGAAAUGCAAGACAAUGCGCAGCUUUGCAAGAGCAAGGCCUUGGAGGCGAUUGCUGAAGGUGAUCUUGAUGAAGGCGUGAAAUAUCUAACUGAAGCGAUUGUGAGCAAUCCUAAAUCUGCGCUGCUCUAUGCCAACCGAGCUGGUAUCUACGUGAAGAUGAAAAAGCCAAACGCUGCA